CAUUGGAAGGAACACUAAGGCCAACAUGAAAUGUGUUCUCACCAAUUUCCCUUCCUAAUUAAGAGUCAAGUUUAUUCACAAAAAAGAAAAUAAUUAAAAGAGACAAGUUUCAGGAUCAAAUAAAUAAAGACCAAUUUCUUCAUAUGUAGAUUUGCCAUUAUACCCUUAUACUAUAUUUUUGUUAUAAAUCUUCAAUUAUUGUUCAAUCUUGUGUGUAUAUAUACCUACAUUUAUAUGCAUGCAUACAAGAAGAGAGAGGAAGUGAAUGUCAUGGACUUAGAGUUGAAUAGAGGUGUUUCUCCAACACAAAAUAUUUUUCAAAAUGGGAUAUGGUGGUUCAUAGUGUUGAUUAAUCUUGGUUAUAUCAUGAUUUGGCUUAUGAUGCCUACAAAUACCUUUUUUAUGGAUUGGUUACCUCAUAUUCAAGCCAAGGCAGAUCCAAUAUACUUUGGCAAACAAGGAACAACCAUACUCGUUUACACAUUUCCUAUAAUAUUUAUAGCGACUUUGGCAUGUCUAUAUCAUCAUUUGAUGCAAAAAGCUUCUAAUCAUAGCACUGAAAGCAAGAUUGGAUUCUUCAAUAAGGCAUCAUGGAGAAAACCAUUGCUUGUAAAUGGUCCACUUGGGAUUAUCUCCAAGAUAGAGUUCUCUUUCAUAAUCAUGUUUGUUUUACUAUUAAUUUGGUCCUUGUGUUCCUACUUACAUGGCAUGUUUGCAAAAGUGGCCCUGCAAGCAGCUUAUGAAAGAGAGCAAGUGUGGGAAGCCAAACUGAAAAAUUCAGCACUGGCUUUAGGCUUUGUUGGGAAUAUUUUCUUAGCUUUUCUAUUGUUUCCGGUUUCGAGAGGGUCUUCUAUUUUGAGGUUCCUUGGCCUAACUUCAGAGGCAAGUAUCAAGUAUCAUAUCUGGCUAGGACAUAUUGCAAUGACAUUGUUCACAGCUCAUGGACUAUGUUAUGUUAGCUUUUGGGACAAGACACAUCAAACCGCAGAGAUAUUCAAAUGGAGCAAAGUUGGCAUCUCAAAUGUGGCAGGAGUAGUAGCACUGCUUGCUGGAUUAACCAUGUGGGCUGCAACAUUACCUCGUAUAAGGCGGAAAUUUUUCGAGCUUUUCUUCUACAUUCAUCACUUGUACAUUGUUUUCGUAGUCUUCUUUGUCCUACAUGUGGGAUUUUCCUAUUCUUGCAUAAUGCUUCCUGGAUUUUACCUUUUUUUGGUCGACCGAUAUCUAAGAUUCCUACAGUCCCAGCAGAAAAUUCAGUUGGUUUCUGCUCGCGUUUUACCUUGUGAAGCUGUUGAGCUGAAUUUCUCCAAGAAUCCAGGAUUGUCCUAUGCUCCAACAAGUAUAAUUUUCAUAAAUAUUGCUAGUAUAUCCAAGUUGCAAUGGCACCCUUUUUCAAUCACCUCAUGCAGUAAUACUGAUUUCGAUACCUUAAGCAUUGUCAUCAAAAGUACAGGUAAAUGGUCUCACACAUUGUUCAAGCAACUAUCAACUUUGUCUCCACCCUCCCACCUUGACGUCUCCAUUGAAGGGCCGUAUGGACCAGCUUCAACUUUUUUCUCAAGACAUGAAACGCUAGUGAUGGUGAGUGGAGGAAGUGGCAUUACUCCUUUCAUCUCGAUAAUUCGUUCGCUACUCUUUAAGGCCAACAAUGAAGGCGGAAAAUCUUUCAAAGUUCUUCUUAUAUGUUCCUUCAAGAAGUCCAUUGAUCUUACAAUGAUAGACCUACUCCUUCCUGUCUCAGGCACCACCCUUGACACAUCACGCCUGCAGCUUCAGAUUGAAGCCUAUGUAACAAGAGAGAAACAGACAGCGACAACAAAUGAUAGAAAGCUUCUUCAAACAUUAUGGUUCAAGUCGAACGCAUUAGACGAACCAAUUUCUGCAGUCUUUGGACAAAACAAUUGGCUCUAUCUUGGAAUUAUCAUCACAACUUCCUUUAUAUUAUUCCUUCUGAUUAUCGCUGUCCUAACUAGAUACUACAUAUAUCCUAUUGAUCAUAACUCUGACCUGAUAUACCCUUAUUUCUUAAGGUCCAUUCUUAGCAUGUUGUUCGUAUGUGUAUCUAUAGUUAUUGCAGCUACAUCUGUCUUUCUCUGGAACAAAAAACAAAACAAAGCUUUGACGCAGAUUAAAAAUACAUCGACUCCAACAACUUCACCAGGCUCAGUAAAUCACAAAACUGACAGAGAAUUAGAGAGUCUUCCCCUCCAAUCCCUUAUCCAAACAGCUAAAAUUCAUUACGGCGAAAGGCCUGAUAUCAAGAAAAUACUUUCUAACUGUGAUGGAUCAAGCAUUGGAGUUCUUGUUAGUGGCCCAAGGAAAAUGAGACAUGAAGUAGCAUCAAUUUGUACAUCUUGUUCAACAGAUAACUUGCAUUUCGAGUCCAUUAGUUUCAGCUGGUGAACUAUAAAGGCUCCAUGUAUUAUUUUGUUACAAGUACCCUUCUAAGUAUGAUACUAAAUGACUAUUCUCUAAUACACCAUUAACAAAAUGACUAUUCUGUUUGUGCAUGCGUUAUGCAAAAUUGGUUAAUUUACAAUGUAAUGUGUUGGCAUGUGAUGAA